UUAUUGGACAAAGGAACUUUAAUGCUUCCGAGGAAACAAUUGUGCGAUAAAUGUCUGUAUGGGCCAUGAACCAACGCCUAAAGCGAGAAAAAAUUUACUCGAGCGAUACUCUCUUCUUUUUCUUUCGUGACUGCAUGAUUGGUUGAUAUUGAAGUGUGUGGCUGAAACUAUAUUAGUUUGGGUUGGCAACUUGCAAGAUCACAUUAAAUUUUUGAAUCUGAUUAAAGUCAACUUUGGGAAAAAAACAUGGCUGCGAACACUCGAGGGAAAGCCACUGCCGUCUUGAUAAUAGCACAGAUUCUUUUCGUCGUAUUGUUUGGGUUGUUCGUUGACUAUGCUCCAACGGCUUCACAGCAAACAAACAACACUCAUCAUGAUCCCGAACACGUUAAAUUAGAGUCACUCUACCCAAUGUUUCAGGACAUUCACGUUAUGAUAUUGAUCGGUUUUGGAUUUCUGAUGACGUUUCUUGCUCACCAUGGAUUCGGGUCAGUCGGGUUCAAUUUUAUGCUGACAUGUUUUGUCAUCGAAUGGGCGACACUUAUCAAUGGGUAUUUUAAAAUGAUUGGAACUGGAAAUAACAGAAUUUUGCUAGAUAUUACCAGUUUCAUGGAAGCCGACUUCGCCGUGGCCACCGUUCUCAUAUCAUUUGGCGCUUUGCUGGGUAAGACAAGUCCUGUCCAACUUCUUGUUAUGGCAACACUUGAGGUCAUUUUCUACAAUAUCAGCAUUUACGUUGGCGUCGGUAUUUUCAAGGCUAUCGACGUUGGAGGAUCAAUUUUUCUUCACGCAUUUGGUGCUUACUUCGGUUUGUCCGUAUCUCGAGUUCUUUACAAGAAGGCUCAAACUCAGAGCAGUAAGGAGACAUCCAUUUACCACUCUGACAUUUUCGCUAUGAUCGGUACGAUUUUUCUUUGGCUGUACUGGCCCAGCUUCAAUGCGGGUCCUGCUGCUGACAACGAGCGCCACCGUGCAGUCAUCAACACAAUACUCAGCCUCUCUUCUUGUACAGUGAUGACAUUUGCUCUAUCUUCUAUCGUCAACAAAGACAAUAAACUUGACAUGGUUCAUGUUCAAAACGCUACAUUGGCUGGUGGCGUUAUAAUGGGAGCAUCUGCCGAUUUGAUGAUUCAGCCAUUUGGUUCUUUAAUUGCUGGUAUGGUAGCUGCAACUGUUUCAACUUUGGGAUAUAAGUACCUGCAGCCGAUUCUCACGGAAAAAGCCAAAAUUCACGACACGUGCGGCGUCAACAAUCUUCACGGUAUGCCCGGUAUUUUGGGAGCUGUUUUGAGUGCAAUUGUCUGUGCUGCUGCUACAAGAGAGACAUAUGAGAAAAGUUACGACGAACUAUUUCCGGACUCCCGAAGCGGAACGACACAGGGCGGUUAUCAGAUUGCAGCUUUGGUCGUUGCUUUAGCGAUAGCGUUAGUUGGCGGAACACUCACCGGAUUUUUAUUGAAAAUGUUACCUGGACUUUUCGACGCCCUCGAUGAGAAUGAUUACUACGAUGACGCAGUAUUUUGGGAUGCUGUGGACGAUCAGCCUUCGAUCUUGAACGAGACAAUACCUGAACCUUUACAAGCCAGGACAAGUAAAGAAGACGAAGCAAUGGCACAGGAACAACAAAUUUAAACAAACAGAUGAUAUAAAAAAACAUUCGUUUUUAUGACACUAACGUCAAAUGUGUAUGAUGAAUUAAUUGUCUUAUACUUUACUUCAUUGGUGAUCUGAUAAUGUAACAUGACUUGUUAGGUUCGCGCCGGGCUUAUGAAUGCAGGAAUCGCAAGAUGGAUGACCUUAUUAGCCUGUUACAAAUAUUCAUUGUUGUAAUAAGAAAAACGACAAUUCCUAACUACUAAAAUAAACUUCAUUAGUAAACACUUUCGACAUCAAUGUAAUUAACAAUAAGUCCAUGCGGCGUUUUUGAGUAUAUUAAUAUCAACUAAAUUAUCAUAUUCUUUUUACAAUAUUUUUUGAUAUAUUAAUAUUUUGUCUGGAAGAUUCUAGUUUCAAGUUCCGUGUGGAUGCAUCGCUUGGAUGCACUUUAUUAUUAAUGAGGUUGUGCGCACGGACAAUUAGCGUUUUAUAACACCAUCAUCCGAUUUCAAUCAAUCAUGAAUUGCGGUGAUUGUAUUACAAUCUAUUUUGGAAGUUAUACUCGAUGAAUUUGUUUAUGGCACACCUAAAAUUGUGUUUAUAUAGGAUUGGCGGCAACAGCCGAUAAUAUCGCAGUACAGUUAUAAGAAGCAUUUGCAGGUUGGGCCAGUUAGUAGGUCGAAAUAUCUCGAAUUUUUUUUUAUAAAAUUAUCGACAAGUAGAUCAUUUUUCAUAUCCCAUUUCAUCAUUCGCUGCUACCUAUACUUUGAAAUAUCAAACUCCUGAAAAAACGUC